AAGAAUCUUACCACAUACUAGUUUUAUAAUCUUCUGCUGUAAUUGUGUGUUUAUCGUGACAUAGAUACGUCUUUGGAAGCACUGGGAAGACUCCAUUGCAAAAGAUAAUUAUGAUACAAAACAAGUUAUGGAACCUAAGCUCACUGAUGUCCAUCAACAUGACUUCAUCAAGGGUCGCUUUCUGGGUAUUGGUAAAAAUUCAGUGAUGUUAGGCUGGUUGUAUUCCUUUUUCAAGCAAUUUUAUGGAUCCGUCACCAGAUCAGACUACAUGACACUGAGACUUGGUUUUAUCAUGACACAUUGCAGGGGAAACCCAAAGUUCAAUUUUCACAAGUAUAUGAUCCGUGCCCUAGAAGAUGAUUUUAAGAAAGUUGUUGGUAUAAGUUGGUAUCUAUGGAUAUUUGUGGUCAUCUUCUUGUUGCUGAAUGUCAGUGGGUGGCAUACCUAUUUUUGGAUAGCUUUCAUUCCUUUCAUCCUACUACUAGCUGUGGGCACUAAGCUGGAGCAUGUAAUCAGCCAGUUGGCUCAUGAGGUUGCAGAGAAACAUGUUGCAAUAGAAGGGGAAUUAGUAGUUCAACCUUCAGACGAUCAUUUUUGGUUUCAUCGGCCCCGUAUUGUCCUUUACUUGAUACAUUUCAUACUAUUCCAAAAUGCUUUCGAGAUAGCAUUUUUCUUCUGGAUAUGGGUUCAAUAUGGUUUUGACUCUUGCAUAAUGGGACAAGUCCGUUAUAUAGUACCGAGGCUUGUUAUAGGGGUAUUCAUCCAGGUGCUCUGCAGUUAUAGCACCCUGCCACUCUAUGCCAUCGUAACACAGAUGGGAACUUCUUUCAAGAAAGCAAUAUUUGAUGAGCAUGUGCAAGUGGGGCUUGUUGGUUGGGCUCAGAAAGUGAGGAAGAAGCAGUUGAAGGCGGCAACUAAUGUCUCUGUUGGAGGAAAAUCUACUGAUGGUUCAACUACGGGAAUUCAGUUGGGAAGACUUGCCGGCAAGGAAUCUGCACCAGAGGAUAUUUCGCCCACAACUGCUGCUGCUCAAGGACAUAAUAAAUAAGAUCUUCAGACUUUUGGAAAUGGUAGUAGGCACAGGCUUCUCUCUCUCAAUUUUAAUUUUGUCGGUUUUGUGCCCAUGAUGGCAAUAUAUCUAUAUGAAUGAUUAAAACUCGGUUGAAUCUCAGGUGUGUAUAUUUUGUGGGCUUAAUAGAAGUAAUUAUAUUAAUUAUGUCAGCGAUUUGCCCAGUUUUGAAGUAUGGUUAUUC